GGUCUCGGCUCGGCUGCUGCGCACUGCGCCCCUCUGCCUCGUGUUUGCGCGGGCGUCGCCGUCGUCGCGGGUCGUGCGUAGCGACGUCGCACCGCCGCCGCGGCGCCCCCCUCCUCCGGCGCGCCGGGUCCGGUCGGCGUGGCCGCGCCCCCCGCCGGCUCCGCUGUCGUCGCGCCCGCCCUCCCGGCCAGCCCUCGUGGCCCGCCCCCGCGGCCCGCCCCCGCACCGCCGGCUCCGCUGUCCUCGAGUGCGUGUCGCGCCCCCCCGGCGUGCCUGUGCCGAGGGCGCCGUGGCCUCGCGCGGGCCCGACGGACUCCUCCCCGGCCCAGCGCUGCCCGCCCCGCCGCCGCCGUCGCCGUGCCCAUGGAUUAUCGGAUGUACGCCUUGGCUCCGCCUCGCCCCCGCGCCGCUCUAUGAGGAUGUGACGGGGGGCGGGCCCAGGAUGCGUGCCGGCGUGCUGGUGCCCUGCGUGGCAGCGCUGCUCAUGGCGCUGCUUGCCACGCCGUGCGCCGGCGACCCGGCCGCCCCCGCCGCCGCCCCCGCUGCCGCCCCUGCUGCCGCACCCGCCGCAAUGCCCAUCCCGGCACAGCCCCAGCUCAACUCGAGGAUCGUGCGCACCAAGUACGGGGACGUGAGAGGUAUCAUCGUGACGCACGAAAACCGCCAUCUGGAACCCGUGGAGGUGUACCGCGGCAUUCCCUACGCCAUGCCGCCGGUGGGGUCGCUGCGCUUCAUGCCGCCCGUGUCCGGCGCGCAGUGGCAGGGCGUGCGGCUGGCGCACCAGUACCCGCCCGUGUGCCCGCAGCGCCUGCCGGACAUCGCCAACGAGACGGACGCCGUCCAGCGGAUGCCGCGGGGCCGGCUCGACGCCCUGCGCCGCUUGCUGCCGCUACUAGCCAAUCAGAGCGAGGACUGCCUGUACCUCAACAUCUUCGCGCCGACCGAAGUGGGAACCCGGGAGAACGUGCGUCUGGCGCCAGUCAUCGUUUUCAUCCAUGGCGAAUCGUACGAGUGGAACUCCGGGAAUGUCUAUGAUGGCAGCGUGCUAGCAUCGUACGGUGGGGUGGUUGUCGUCACAGUCAACUACCGAUUGGGUGUGCUAGGAUUCCUGAACGUGAACCAGGACCCACACUCCCGCAGUCCCGCAAACUAUGGCCUGAUGGACCAGAUCGCCGCCCUCCAUUGGAUCCAGGAGAAUGUAGCUGCUUUCGGAGGAGACCCGCACAAUGUAACGCUGCUGGGCCACGGCACCGGGGCAGCCUGCGUCCAUUUCCUCAUGAUGUCAAGCGCAGUUCCGGACGGUUCUCAGAGAGUCAAAAUAUUUGGCUUAUACCAUCGAUCGGAGAUCCUAGCCACCAUCCUCAAUGAGUACACGGACUGGGAGAGGCCCGUGCAGCACCCCGUCAACCUCCGUGACGAGACUCUGGAGGCGCUGUCCGACGCGCAGGUCGUGGCGCCUGUCGUACUCACGGCUGACGUGCAUUCCAAUACAGCCAGCAACAAGACUUUCCUUUAUGUGUUCGACUACCAGACCAAAUAUGGUGACUACCAGCAGCGCCAGGGCUGUAUCCACGGCGAGGACCUUGCCUACGUAUUAGGUGCGCCGCUCUCGGCUGGAUUACGGCACUCCCACCUGCCCAGGAACUUCACCAAGUCUGAGGCAAUGCUGUCCGAGGCCACCAUGAACUAUUGGAUCAACUUUGCUCGCACGGGCGAACCUCGACCCGCACUUAACUCGCUGAUUGCCGUGUGUCUGACGGUCUGGUGUGCAUUCCUUUGCGCAGAGCCCAAGCCGCGCAUCAAGAGCCACUACCGCGCGCACCGCCUGUCGUUCUGGCUGCACCUGGUGCCCGAACUGCACCGGCCCGGCGGUGAGGGCGUGCCCCUAGGCCAUCAUCAGAUGCCCGGCGACCCCCCGGAGCCACCGCCGGGGCCUGCGUGGCCGCUUCCAGGUCCAGGGCGGGGGAGGCCUUCCAGUGAGCAGCAGCAGCCCGCCAACGUCACGAGCAGGGAGGCUGCCAACACGACGAGAGUCGUCACCGCCGACACCAAGCAGCGCGCCCAGCCGCAGCCCAACCCUCCCGGCACGGGUGAGGGCGCGGCCGGCAUCCCCCCGCCCGCGCCCGACCCCACCCCGUCCGCCGGCGGGACGGACGACGGGUUCGCCGCCUACUCCACGGCCCUGUCCGCCACGGUGGCCAUCGGCUGCUCGCUGCUGCUGCUCAACGUGCUCGUGUUCGCCUGCGUCUACCACCAGCGCGACAAGCCGCACGAGAACUGCCGUGCCGCGGAGAGCUCCAACAACUCGUUCCGCUCGCAGGGCUCGGGGACGCUGCAGUCGGCCCUCAAGCACAAGAAGAGGCCCGUGGAGAACGGCACGCCGCGGGGCAUGUGCAAGGCCGAGCACCUCCAGUCCUGCGUUAUGACGGGCGGGCCGCCGUCGCUCAAGACGUUCCUGGGCGACGCCAGCGGCCACCCGCUCCAUCGGCAGCACCACUUCCACCUGCACUGCGGGCCUGGCUGCGGGCCGGUGGGGCCCCCGGGCUGCCCGGGCGGCGUGCCGUUGACCCACCAGCUGGCUCACUCGCACUCCAUGCACCAGCUGCCGCCGCCCGACUUCGACGACCUGCCGGCCCAGCAGAGCUUCAUGCUGUCGGCUUUCGGCGGCUCGGCGACGCUGCCCCGGCCGCCGCCGCCGCCCAAGAUGGCCAAGCUGCCUCCGCUGCAGUGCGAGGCCGGCGGCGGCGGCGGCGAGGACCAGCCGCUCCUGUCGGCCUCGGCGCACAACCUGCACACGCUCGUCGGCAAGAAGUCCACGACGCCGGACGUGGCGUGCGGUACGGGUGCGCGCGGCGGCUGCUCCGGCGGCUCCGUGGUCGGCGUCGGCCCCGGCGCGCUGGGCACGAUCCGGAGGAAAGGCCACGGACAGCGGGGCCCCGGGCCGCCCGGCCAGUACUGCGCCAGCCAGAUGGAGGAGCUGCGGGUCUGACAGCAGGCCGCGGCGGCCGGCACCCGGAACAGCGUCCGCUUCGCUCCGGACGCCAAGGGAGGCGAGCACGACGAGUUCGGCAUCGCGCUGAGGACGUUCAGGUCGUCGUCGGCCUGCUAGCGGGCGUGGCGGGGCGCCGCCGCGGGGCCCUGGUGGGCCGGCGGGCCCGGGGGGCCGUGCGUGGCCCGCGGCGAUUACUCGCUGGCGCCCGUCCAGGUGCUUUGGCCCCACGGCCGCCGCGCCCGACCCAACCCGACCCGCGCGAACCCGCUCGCCUGCUGCCUAUUUCUUGUUGAAAACUUUCCGACCAAAAGUGCGUGCAAGCGGUAGCAAGUGGCCGUUCCCGCCUGGCACGCCUCGCCCCUCGCCUCGCGCUGACGCCCCAUAAUGGAGAGGGACCUUGUCCUUCAGACUCUUCCAAAACUGCGUCAAUUGUGGCUGGGAGCCGUCGCCGCUGCUUUGGGCAUGAAAGCAGUCCAGAGCAUCUUCUGUUGGUCUUCCUGACCAUAAAAGCAAUGGGUGAUAAUUAUUAGCUCUUACUUUGUUUAUUUUACCCUCCUUUACUUUUCAAAUAAAUUAUCGGCUAAUGUUCUUUAUUUUUGUGUCGUCUGUUUUUAAUUUUGCGUAAGUGACCCUGUAAAAAUGAGUUUUGUUAAUUUUGGUAGCGUAAAGGAAAAGGCUAGUGGUUGACUUUGUUUGCUAUUACCUGGAUGGGUGUAUAAUGGUAGAACAAUCAAUAAUCUGUAACUGUUGAAUGUUGGCCCAUAAGCUUGACAUAUCCCAUGGUUCUCAUUUUAGAACCUACAAAGAAAACUUUUGAAAUUCAUCAAGCACCUUCUGAAACUAAUAGUUUUAAAAUUUCAGACGUGGAGAGCUUCAGAUGAAAUGCAGUAGCAUGAAGUUAGUGAAUAAAACUGGUACUCAUAAGUUUCUCAGGGGCCUAAGUAAAAAUCAGUGCAUCUUAAGUAAAUAAUUGAAUUGCAUGAAGAGAAAUCAAUGCUUAAUAAGCCCUUCUAGGGGACAAAAUAAGUGUGAUUUGGGACCAUAUUUUUUUAAUUCUGAAAACUUCUUGAAAUGUCCACAACAUGUAAUUUAUUUAAAAAAUGUAAACUGGGCAGUUUACAGAACCUGACUGUCUUCAGGAAUGCGUGAGCACCUGAGUUCACUGAAUUCCAUUAUGAGCUAAAGAAAACUUUAUAUGUUACAUAUACUUGGCUCAAUCAAUUUUAAUGUGUAUUAUCUCUGUAAAUAGUAAUUUAUAAAGGAACGCAGAAGCUUUGUCCAAGUCCAAAAAAAGCCUGCAAACUGUAAAUUUGUACACAAGUAAUAUGUAAUAAAGAUUUUCAGUUGUUAUA